AAAUAAAUGUUAUAUGCCUUAAAAUUAUAGAUGCGAUCAGUUAUAAUUUUUGGAGUUUUGGCGCUUUGUUAUUUAUCUGUUGAAUGUAAGAAGGUACAAAAGUUGUCUGUUACUACUGGGGGCACUGCAACAAUUAAAAAAGAAACAGGAAAAAAAACUGCUGCCAAAACUGAAGAAAAUGAAACCUUAGAAGGAUCUACGGCCUCAGGAGAUGAAUCAUCAGAAGCAAAAGAAACUACUAAAUCAACAGAAGCAUUAACUAAAGAAACUGUUCCAGCAGCAAAUUCACCUCUACCUUCUUUUGCAGAUGCAAAAAGUGAUCAAACGGAACAAAAAGCCAUUUGGAAAACAAAACUUCAAAAGAAACUAAAUUCAGGAAAAAAAAUUUCGAAAGAUAAAAAAAAGAAAAAGACAAGUAAACCAGUAACAUCCAGCGUCUUUGCUUAAAACAUUAUAAACUUGUAUGCAAUGUUGUUCAUUGGAAAAAAAAAAUUACACAUUAAUACAAAUUUAA